GGGGCCUGGCUCCGGGAAUAAACAGCGGGGGAGCGGCUCGGCUGACGCUCGCUGUCCAGGGAGCGUGGUGCAAGGGCCGCAGGCCGCUGGAGCGAGCUCCGGGAUGGUAGCUAGAAGACUGGAAAGCCUUUGAUGCCAAAAGCCUCUGGCUGGAGACGCUGACAGCCCAGCCCUGACCCUCCGGGAGUCUUAGGCUGUGGCUUAGAUCUCAAGGGAUAGAGGAGGCUGAGGACAGGCUGAUGGACUCUGCCGAUGGGCUCCAGUGUCUGACCAUGACUGAGGAAAACCCACCCUCUGGAGACCUGAUUCCCACCCCGCUUGUCACUUGCAAACUUUGCCUGUGUGAACAGACCCUGGACAAGAUGACCAUGCUCCAGGAGUGCCAGUGUAUCUUCUGUACACCUUGCCUGAAACAGUAUAUGGUGCUGUCCAUCCGAGAAGGAUGUGGAUCUCCUAUCACUUGUCCUGACAUGGUGUGCCUAAACCACGGGACCCUGCAGGAAACCGAGAUUGCCUGUCUGGUGCCCGUGGAUGAGUUUGAACUCUAUCAGCGGUUAAAGUUUGAACGAGAGGUUCACAUGGACCCCCUCCGAACAUGGUGUCCCGUCGCAGACUGCCAGACCGUGUGCCACAUUGCAGCCGGAGACCCAGGACAGCCUGUGUUGGUGGAGUGCCCUUCUUGUCACCUGAAAUUCUGCUCAUGUUGCAAGGAUGCUUGGCACGAGGAGUCCUCCUGUAGAGACAGCCAGUCGGCGAUGCCAGAGCAUGGGGCCCUCUUCGGGACUGAUGCAGACGCCCCCAUCAAGCAGUGCCCCGUUUGCCGCAUUUACAUUGAGCGCAACGAAGGCUGUGCCCAGAUGAUGUGCAAGAACUGCAAGCACACGUUUUGUUGGUACUGUCUGCAGAACCUGGACAAUGACAUAUUCCUCAGGCACUAUGACAAAGGGCCAUGCAGGAAUAAGCUUGGCCACUCGAGAGCAUCGGUAAUGUGGAACCGAACACAGGUAGUGGGGAUCCUUGUGGGAUUAGGUGUCAUUGCCUUGGUGACUUCACCCUUGCUGCUCCUGGCCUCUCCCUGUAUAAUCUGUUGUGUCUGUAAGUCCUGUCGUGGCAAGAAGAAAAAGCACGAUCCAUCCACAACCUAAAGUCACCUGCACAGACAUCCAGUAAAAGCCCCACUUAGUGACCUUGCCUCCUCCUCCUUGCCAAAUUUUGGAAGUGCCUCUGUCCAGACUUUGAACUUGCCUGAAAGCAUUUGGUGUUGGAAAAGGCCACACCCCGAGCUUGAGUGAGCCUGUGUAUCGAGCAACAGCCCCACAGUCCAGACUACGUCUGUGGAGCAGGUUGGGAACUUUGCUUUAGCCUGGGAGACUCUAAAAUAUCACCAUCCUACCAUCCAAAGGAUCCCAUCAGGCUGCUCAUCUUCCAUCCAAACCAAGGCGCCUGGAUGAAUACUCAGUGUAGUAAUGGUAUUGCCGUGCUUGGCAGCGUUGCAAACUGAGCAAACGUCUGUGUUGGUUCCACUGCCACGAGACACAUGGCAGAAGCCCAGAGUCGGAGGGAAGGAUGAUGCUGCAUAAUAAGAAGUUCUAUGAGCAAGGGAGCCGGCUGCUUAUCUCAGGAGUCGACGCACUGGCUGGCAUGCCUGUGCCGGCUACCGAGUGUGCACUUCUUCAGCAUUCCCACAGCGACUUGGCAGAAACAUUAUCGCUCUCUCCCUGUGUGAUCUCAUCUUCAGGCAGGAGAAACUGCUGUUGGGAGGGAGUUGUUCCUUCCCAGGAAAAGGUUAUAACUUGUAAGACAACAUGGCCUCAUUCAGUGUCUGUUGUUUGGCAGAUGUUAUUCUUCUAAGGUAACUGGUUCACCACUCACCAUCAGCCCACAGCUGUGGUCCAUAAAAGUGUUUUAAUAUGAGAUGCAAGUGGGAAAGCUUCAAAGUCUUCACUGUAGACAGCAGGGUCCUUUCUUGGGCAGUGUGGUCAGAUUCCCAACAGAUUAGGAGUUGGACCAGACGGUUUAUGUCAACAGUACAUAUUGUAGUUCAUCCACACAUAUAGAAUCCAUGUGACUCCAACCGGGCAUGUGUGGAGAUAUCCAACGAAGAACACAAAAUAAGAUUAUUUAAAAGACUUGUCCCUUUCUAUGACUAAAAUGAUUUAUCUAUCAGCCUAAGAGGUUUUUUUUUGGGGGGGGGGUGGUUUUAUUUGCUUAGUACACAUGUGAAUUUUUGUUGUAAGUUCCUAACUUACUCAAGAGGUUAAACUCAAAAUUCUUUAAAACAAUGCCUAGUGCAGUUUUAUGAUAAUCAGGUUAUUUACAUACUGUCAGACACAAUUUAGAGCAGGUCCUUGCUCAGCCUAAUUUAAUUGGUCUCCCAGGAGCUGUCCAGAUAAUCUGAGUGUUUUCUAUGUCCUCAAGAAACAGAUAAGAUGACAAGAAUUCAGAUGGAUAUACUUCCUGUGUCUUCAGUCACUGGGAUCCCUGUCACCUCAGUGUGACACAUCCUGCCUAUUAUACAACUAAUCAGCAAAUAGGUUUUGAAAAGAGGAGCAUAUUUUCUUCUAGCAUUAUACAGUUGCCAUGAGCAAAGCGUCCUGGUGCUUCAUAAGAACUGCAUGUGUUCCAUGUUAACAGAGACCUCUCCUGGAAGCCUGGAAGAGUAUUCAGGGCCUAUUCUGUUUGCCUCAGUAACUAGAUUGUUAAACUGCUGCUAUCCCAGAUCUGUUAUCAAAGACCUGUUCUCAUCAGCCUUGCCUCUGCAGUGGAAUGUAUCCUAAGUGGGGAUGUAUAUAUUCAGGGGAUCACAUGUGUAUAUUAGCAUCUGGUGUAUGUACAGAACAUUCCCUGGCCAUGUGCUUUUUUACUCACAGUUUGUAUAAAUCAUAGAACUCUAGAAGACUUCUGAAUGGCAACCAGCCCAAAUCCUUUCAAUCAUUUUAUUAGAAAUUUCUAGAUACAAAGUGACUCUGUCUUCUGGUGAAUGUCUUAAGUACAGCAGAAAAAACAAUCCCUCUCUUUUGAAAGGGUAUGCCAUAUUAGUCUGGAUAUAAAGUCCAUGUGAAUGGAUGAUUUACACACAUAGUCACCUGACUCCUUUGAGGUGAGGGGCAUUUGUCAUAGCUCAGGGGAUUGCAGGAACUCAACUGAAAUUGGAUUUCUCUGCAUAGAUGUCAACUGCUACAACAAGCACCACCAUCAGUAAAUUCUCCAGUGAAUAACUAAGUGGGGCCGAUUUCAUGUUACCUGAAAUGCUGUUAUCAACGAAAUAAGAGCUGGUGGUAGAUGUGGAGUAAAAGCGGAGGAGAAUGUCUGGCAAUUUUCCUGAUGAAAUUGAGGGAAAUUGCCUUCUCAGAGUUUUUUUUUUUUUUCAAAAGCAUUAGUUUUGAUUUUAUUUUUUGGCUGGGAGGGGGGAGGUAUUGUUUGUCAAACUGAUUUUACAUAACUGGAUUUUUUUUAAUGUUGCAAAGUGCCUGAAUAAUGGUGUCUUUUUCCUCAUAUAGCAAAAUGUGUGUGCGAGAGUGUGUCAGAAUCUACCAGAGACUUUGGUAGAUGGAACCCAAGUGUCUGUAUCUCUGGCUCAUCCCAGGGCACAAUGCCAGCCCAAGUGACUUUGUUUACAAAGAAACAGGGUGGCAACUGUGUUGGGAAAGGCCAGUGUUCUCACUUUGGGUAAUUAGCCUCUUGAUGGCUUUACUUCCUCUUUACUUCCUCUGCCCCCCAGCUUCCUCCUCCUGCUUCAGGAAGAUUCCUACAACAAGUGUUUGGCUUUGACAAAAACUUUUCUAGUCCAUUUGAAUGAAAUAGAUUUAGAAGCCUACCAGGUUCACAUCUGGGAGUAACAGCCCACUUUCCAGAAAUCUCACUGGAUACAAUGGUACAGCCUCCAGAGCCUGCCGCCACCUCUGGGGUUCCCCGCUUAGAGUAAGUUAGACAAGAGAGGAAGAAAGCCAUAUGGAAGCAAGUGUAAGAGUCUUAGCCAUCCUGUUUGUUCACGCUGUGGGUAUUUGUUCUAGACUUGAAAUCUGUACUUUGAAAGUGGCCUUUGGAAAGCAAAUAGUUCAGCGUGGAUUUUCUUGUAGUCUGCAUCACAAAAUAAUCUUCCCUAUCCAAGUGGAAAAUUCUCAUUGAUUUUUUUUUUUUUUCUGGAUGUACAAAACUGUUUCUUGGAACGCCAAAUUUCCUCUUUAAAAUUACUGAAUAACUAAGUGUGUACCGCUUUAGCCUCCUGUGCCCACUGCUCCUGUAUCUCUCUGUCCGUGAAUAGAUGCCUCUAUGUCUGUGAACACGUGGCUGAGAGAACCACAGAAAUGCCUUAGAUGAAUGACAUUUUGUAAAGCUGUCUGAAUUGACAUCUACAGGCUAUUACAUCUCUGUUGGUUCAUGAUCCAGGAAGUUUUGUUGUGUGCUUACUUAAAUUACUGUUGUAUUAUAUAUAUAUUUUUCCAAGUCUUUGGGAAGAAAAUUAACUGUUUUAGUCUCUUUAGCCCCAAUAAAUGUGAGCAGGA